AGCUCUCCGGCGGCAUUCAGCCACGGCGCGCACACUCUAGACGAGGAGGGCUGCACUGAUCGCACGCACGCGUGGACGACAUCCCUCGGCGCGCGGAGCGGCUGCCGCCCGGACGCCAGCGGCAAGCCACAGCUCACGAGCUUGGGGCAGCGCCCAUCACGCCAUCGACGCGACAUGGGCAAGAUCAAGCGCGCCAAGACGCCCGACGGCCCGCGCGAGCAGAGCCCCGUCGCCAAGGCUGCUGCUGUGUCCGCGCUGCGAGAAACACUAAGAAUAUCGGAGGCGGCCAACGCGAGUGAAAGGAGAGAAAGCGCGAGACGGUUAUCCCAGCAAGCGCACCGCUUUGCUACUUCCGAGGACGGUCUGGGCAUUGAGAGGGUACAAAUCGAGGCCGACGUGAGGGUCCGACGAGUGCUCAACGCCCUUCGUGAUAAAGACGACCAACUCGCGACGGCGCACCGAAGAAUAGAAGACCUCGAGAACCAGCUCGAUUUGUCCAGAGAGGAGUGCGCCAAGUUGAAAGAGCGGUGCCUCGGGCUGGAGGACUCUCUACAAGCGAAGAAGCAGGAACUAAGUCAUUCGGAGGCCGUUUCCACCCAACGGAAAAUGGAGGGCGCGCGCAUCAAGGGGUUGCUGGCGGACUGUAGGUUUGACCUGGACCUGUUGGGUAGCAAAUAUGAAAGAUUAUUGGACGAGCGCGCGACCAUUGGAUUAUCUCGCGAAUUAGUCGACGCCGCGCGCCGGGACAUGGGCGGCUCGUUCCAGGACGACGGGUCCGCCGCCUCGUCCGCCAAGUCCUUCGACGUCGUCUCUCGGCUGCAGGCCGGCGUGAAGGCGUCGAAGGCCGCGGACGCGGAUUCGCAGAACGAGAUCCUCGUCGAGGAGCCGCCCAAAUUUGCGGCGAACGAGUCGGACUCGGACGACUAA